AUGAACGACCUCUUCAAGUUGGCUAUCAACAGCGCCACUAUUUUUGCGGAAACAGACAAGAAAGGGACCAUCACCAACGUGAAUGACCUGUUCUGCGCCGCAUCGGGAUACUCCAGACAUGAGCUCAUCGGGCAAAGCUACCAUCUUAUCAAGUCCGGGCAUCACCCAACCAGCUUCUACCAUGAGAUGUGGACCAAGGUCACGGGAGGCUCAAUCUGGCGGGGACAGAUUUGCCACAAAACCAAAAUUGGUACAUUAUAUUGGAUCAACUGUACUAUAAUACCCAUCAACGCACCAGGAACAACAGCUUUCAUAUCGGUUUCAUUUGACAUCACCUCCAAAGAGACAAUCAUCGAAAACCUCCAAUGGAAAGUCUGUCACGACUCAUUGACAGGACUCUACAAUCGUACAUUCUUACUAGAGCACAUACAAAAGAAGAUCUCAGCCUCAAAUAGCACCGAGCAAAACCACUUCGCGAUCGGAAUGAUCGAUAUGAACUCUUUCAAAAACAUCAACGAUACCUAUGGUCAUUCUACCGGAGACUCACUGUUAGUCGAGACAGCCAAGAGACUUAAAGCAGUCUGUCGAGAAGAAGAUACAGUUGCUCGUAUGGGCGGUGAUGAAUUCUUAAUAGUAUGGAAUGACGCAGUUGGUAUCGAGUCUACGAUACAAGGCAUCGAGCGGCAAAAACAGGAGGAAUCUGUUUUUCGGGGCAUUCUAGGCCGCAUAUUUGCGAGGCCUUUUUUGUUGGAGCAUGGGAUUUUGUUGAAGAUCAGAGGGAGUCUUGGUGUUGCGCGUUAUCCGGAUCAUGGAUUGGACCCGCUGGUGUUACUGGGGCAUGCCGACCAGGCAAUGUAUAAGGCUAAGCUUAAAAGGGGGGAGUUCGUAUGCGUAUUUGAUUCGACUUUGAGAUUGAAGGAGAUGAAGUAG